AUGAGAGAUGACACGGAACAAUACGUAAAAAUUGAACCGAAAACGUUGCCCAAUUGUCAGAUAAAUGCCUGCGGUAUCCUGCUGAUAGCACAAAUGCUGAUGGAACUCAAAUGUCUGGACGAUCUGAAUCUAGACAACAAUCCGAAUGCGCAGGAGAAUCAUUAUUUGCUCUGCUCUCCUGCCAGAAAUUUGCGCUAUCUUUCGCUGAGGAUGUGUAAGUUAUCCGAUAACGGCAUACAAAAAAUCGCGAACGAGUUGAAGUAUCGGGACCCGCCGGACGACCCAAAAUUGAUCGCUCUUAAUAUGGCGGACAACGAUAUUACGGACCAUGGUGCCGAGUACCUCGCUGCGAUGCUCCGAACUAAUCGGUCAUGUAGUUGCUAAUUUGUCAGAA